GCUCAUCGUAAUCCAGUCAGUCAGUCAUACAUAGGUGCAGCUGUAUGGGUAUUCAUUGAGCGAGUUUUAUUAUUCUGUCGUGCAAUGGUGUCCUAAACUAUUGGUGUUGUGUUGUGAUAACUGCAAAAACUUCAUAAGUGACAGCAAAUUAUUGUGAUCGUAAAACGAUGAGGUUGUAUGAUAUCGAUUGUAUUGCGUGAUUAAUUAUUCAGUAAAACCGGUUUAAUGCGAGUGUGAUACGCGAUAGUUAGCAGAGAGAAGACUUUGUUUACAAUGGCAUUUUCACUCAAUAAAUUGAAGAAUAUUUUGAAUACGAACCGGGACAGCCAGCUGGCGGGCAGUGGCAGCUUGGAACCCGAGAUAGGAUUCAAGUUGGCCUUGCAUCCAAUCAGUAAAAAUUUAUACGUGACCGUUAUCGGCGCCCGGCACCUUCCGUCCUUGUUUGGGUUGAGUCGCGCCCAUGGAUACCUUGUUAAAGUCAAAGUUUUUCCCGGCGACAGUAGAUUUGAAACAUCAUUACAGGAGAGUUCGUGGCCCGUGUGGAACGAAGAUUUUAAAUUUCAACUAAAACAAAAAGACGCAAAGAAGGCUUCAGAAAAACCUGACCUUCAAAGUUUGCUCGCCGGCCACUUUUUGUCGCUUACCAUUUAUGCUAUAUUAGAACCUCCAAAACAAGAUUCAGAUAAACGAAAAAAUAGUAAAACAUUAGACUCGAAAAAAACAGCCAAAGUGGCGGAACAGGAAGAGCCAAAAGCUAAAAGUGGAUUUUUCGAGAAGACAUUCAGCAGUUUCAAAUCUACGAAAGCCGAGGCAAUAGCACAAAAGUCUAUUUUAGAGAAACGAAGAACAGUCGGAGCAGCUACGUGGAACUUUGACUCCAAAUUAUUUCAAAAUGAUCUCAAGAAUGGUUUGAUUGGAACUCCUGACAUUUGGCGGCCAAUCAACGCCAUCACGAGUGGUAUCACUGCGGCGGAUUCACGGAGGGAAAACAAGAAGGGCCAGUUGGAGGUAACUUUGCUGUACACGGCGAGCGAAGAUGGGCUAAACGAUAUAGUGCAGCUCACGGUCAACAGGCUACGAUGCAGUGUGCAGACGAUGCAACAACAAGAACAGUUUAAAGCACCGCUGUACCUGAAAGCAACGAUAUUAGAGGCGAACAAAGCUGAGUGCUAUUGGAAAAGCGAUAGAUUUGUUCCCGCAAUAUCUGCCAGAUGGGACCCGAAAUCUGCUACGGUGAAACUGACAGUUUUCAAGGCUAGUUUGAAUAAAGUCAGUAUUUAUAUUAGCCUCGGAUGUAAGACAAAGAUGGCGAAGAAAGAAAUAUUGGGAAAAGCGACGAUCGACGAAAAAUCCGCCUACGCAGACAGUUGGAGCGAGUGCUUGCGCCAACCGGGCAUACCAAAAACUUUUUGGGUCAAUUUCGAAUAAUGGUCUUAAAAUUUUUCAAGAGCAACUAUGACGAACUUAGAUUAAGUCGUGACAGAACAAAGUUCAUUGUGAAUAUUUUUCGUAUCGUUUAAAGCACGUUGUGAAUUUUUGUUAUGCUAAGAUAUAUUUUAUGACAACAAUUUUAACUUAAAAAUAAUUAUUAACGUAUUAUUUUUAUAUCACAAAGCUUAAUGGAUAAUAUACUGUACUGAUAUUGUUUUUUACUA